ACGAGGAAAACACAGACAAAUUUCUGCGCAAGAAACGGCAUCUGAAGCGUCCAUACAAGUAUAACAUCGAUUAUAUAAAGAAACACUGCAUUAAACAACAGUUAUACCUAUAAGAAAAAUAGAUGAAGUUAAUAUUUGUCGUUAAAAUUUCAGUAUUAAUAGUAACUGCGGAAUACCGCAAAGGUUGUCUGUGUUUUAAGCUUCAGAUCCAUACAUUAAUAAUAGUAAACUCUAUAGAACAAGUAAAAAGUGCCGCCAAAGAACUGGAAAUAACUUGCAAAUACUUGUAUUCAACAAAACCAGACCAAAAUACUUUUACCCUGACAAACAUUGUUCAACAACUACGUCCAAAAUUUAAUGCAGCUGGUUUAUUUGAGAUCAAAAAAAGCGUGAUGAUGACUUUCUGGUCCAAUGUUGUUACAUACAUCAUCGUACUUUUACAAUUAAAGCUAACAAAUCAGACUGCUUAAUAUAACAAGGAUAUGGAUUAUAAGUCUACGUGUAAAUUGGGCUUAAAUUAUACUUUGUUUUUAAACCAGGAGGAGUAAACUUGAAAGUCAAAAUUCCAUAAAUGAGGGGUGUAAAAUCAAAGUCGGCAAUCUCCCAUUUCCAUAAUUUUGGGAAACCGCGAAAAACUGUAGAAACUAGCAAAAUUAAAUUAACGCAAUAAAACUGAUAAGAAUCAUGUAAAAUUUGGUUUGUGAUCGGAUGUCCAGAGGGAGGAGCUUAAGAAAUUAUUUAUUUUCCUUUUUUUAAAUAUUUUUGUUUGGAGAUUGCCGCUUUUGUUUGCAACGCUAGUAGAUUGACUGAUAUGAAAAUGAUCUAUAAGGAUAUUACCAGUUUUGAAACUAAUUAAACAUCAUUGUGCCGGUUACUUACUGAAGAAAGAUAUAUUUUGAUAUUCAACAAUAAUGUAAAAGCAAUUUAAAUGCAUAUCACGUAAACCAAAAUAUCCGGAAGUUCGGGUAUAUAUUCACAGGUUUCGACAGAGUUCACGACAUUCACAGUUGAUCACGUGCGAGUGCAACGUGGUUCUUAUUGGCCCGCAGCGGAGAUUGCCGUCUUUGGUACGCACUCAACUGUGGAUAUUGUCGCUUUUGAUCCUAACAUAAAUUUUUCACUGUGAUUUGUAUACAGUUAAGACCGCUUUUGGUUUUUACAAAUAGUUUUAUCUAACAGAUAAUAAAAAAACGCAACAAAUGGCGUCCCUAACUCAAAACAUGAAAAAGUGGAGAUUGCCGCCUUUGAUUUUAUACCCCUCAAAUGUCAAUUGGUAUCAAAAUUUCACAACAGUAAAACUGCGUAAACUUGCCUGAGGUUUAACCAAUUGCAAACAAGCAUUACGCCGCCGUAAAUUUGAAUUACUCCUCCUAGUUGAAAAAUAGAGCAUAGUCAUUAAUGCCCUGACGUUUAAAGUGUAAAAUGGCAUCAGAGACAGUUAUUUCUACAUCAAUAUUGUGU